CGGAUGUGACAAUGUAAAAUGUAAUUCGAGGGUUUAGGGCCAAUGCCUGCGUUUCAAACUCAAAGUAGACAGCCCUUAAACCCUCAGCCCUUGGGGGAAUCCCCGCGGACAUAUUUGUCAUCAGUACAAAAUGUAUUUUUAUUUGAUUGAACCCUUAUUUUACCAUGGAGAGUUGACUGAGAACACAUUCUCAUUUACAGUAACGACCUGGGGAAUAGUUACAGGGGAGAGGAUGGGGAAUGAAUGACCCAAUUGUAAACUGGGGAUGAUUAUGUGACCAUGAUGAGCCAAGCAAGGGAAGUUCGCAACGUAAGCCCCUCAGCCCUCAUUUCUAAUAGUUUGCGAGUGUACAAUUAUGUUCACUUCGGGGCCUGAAACGCCCCAUAAUUCAAUUUGCGAUGAUUGUACAUCCCCUAAAAAAAAUAUGCCAAAACGUUAUACCUCAAUGUCAAUAUUGAGUCAACAUACAAGUGUAAGUAAAAACGAAUGUAAAUAAGUUAGAAAUUGUGCUAUUAAUGCACAAACACGUCUCAUAAAAGUAAUUACGUUUUUGUUUGGUUAACUUUUGGAAAUUGUAGAAAUAAAACCUUGUCCUUCGGAAGUAGCUAGGCAGGCUAACUGUAUUUAGCUAAUUAAUUUGCUAGCUAUCAGACAUUAGACGCAUAAUAAUAAUUAUAUAGUUAAUAUAAGUAGACAUGCAAUCAUAAUUGACUGUAGAGUAUAUAAUGCACCCACAAGCUUCCGGUGGCUGAAAAAACAAUCAUCGCGGGAUGAACGAGUGACAAAUUUCCUGGCAAGGGCGGUCCAUUUAAAAAUCAUUCCUUCGUCCAUCGCCCCUUACCCUGCAAGUGUAUACUCGUCAGACGUUAUGGAACGUCACUAGAAGUGUCCACUUAUUUUGAGGGCUGAGGGGAUUGGGUGUGUCUUUUAAGUGUUUGGAAUGCUGCCAUUGUUUCUUGUUUCUGUUCUCGGUCAGUUUUUCACUUCUUAACCACGUCGGUCAACAAUCAUCCACAACGAAGAUGGCGGCUUGCAGGGAGACGAGACGUAACUGGACAAUUCACUGUGCAUUUGCUGUGUUUAUCUUGUUCGAACUAUUUCCUCUCAACUGUAUUUCGGCACCGCUGGAACCCGAAAACGAUUCAGUUGAGGUUCAACCACCUCUGAAUCCAGGAGUUGUUGGUUUGGAUCACUCCUUGCCUUUGGCAACCGUCAGCAAGGGUGCAGCAACAGCCGACAGCACUGGUACAACAGACAGCAAGGCAGACACCGUAACUAAUGACAAAGCUAGAACAUCUAUCAAUGUUGAUAAAACAGCAGUCAUUAAGGCUGUAACAUCAGACCUAAAGGAUGCUGCUGCUACAUCCAAUGAGAGUGCUACGCCUAUCAAAGACGCUACCACACCCAUCAAGGAUGCUACCACACUUUUAGAUGCUACCACACCUUUAGAAGACGCUACCACACCCAUCGAGUAUGCUACCACACCUUUAGAAGACGCUACCACACCCAUCAAGGAUGCUACCACACUCAAUCAGGAUGCACCCAUUGAUGGCGUUACAGCAUAUGUCGCACUGGACACCAAAGGGGAGGUUAUAGCUGAAUCCCCUGCCAUUAUUAAUAAAACAACUGUUGGCAAGGAAGCAGGACAGACUACUCAAGAACUACUUCCCAAUCCCACUGAUGCAGAUGCUGCUGCCACCUUUACCAUGGCUGCAGAUCCAGCCAUCAGCACCAUCACAUUCAAGCCCACCCUGGAGAAACUAAGCUCUGCCUCCAACACCAAGCUUGUCGGUCACAUGAACCCUACAGAGGAUGAUCAAGAGGACAAUCUAGAGUCCCAGGCAGAGACUGACGUGUACGACAGAGAAAAUGACGACGAUGACGGCGACUAUGACCUGGGGCCAGCAGUUAAGGCUUCUCUGAACUUCAACGACGAGGAGGAUGACAUCAUGGUGGACGCAGACAAUGAACCGGUAGUGCUCAGACCAGCAGAGAAUGCUGGGAAGAUAGACGUGCGUAUGAAGGACACCAACAUCUACACCAUCCAGGAUGAGGACUCGCACUUCUUCUUCCACUUGGUCAUCCUGGCCUUCCUGGUGGCCAUCGUAUACAUCACCUACCACAACAAGAGGAAGAUCUUCCUCCUGGCCCAGAGUCGGCGCUGGAGGGACGGCCUGUGCUCUCGCAACAAUGUGGAGUACCAUCGGCUGGACCAGAAUGUCAACGAUGCCAUGCCUUCCCUCAAGAUGACUCAAGAUUACAUUUUCUGAGCAGAGAGUUUUGAAAUUAUUUAUUUGGGUGACAAUUACACUGGUCUAUAUGAAAAACAUUCCACCAUGUUUAAGCCUUACUGUCUUUUAAUAUAGUUUUGCUCUCCUUUUUUUGUUGCAGAUUACACACACAGAAAAUUUGGAUGUAUAGAUUGUCAGAAUCAAUAUCAAGAUAAAUAUGUUGUGAUACUUUGCUUGUUAGUAACUAGUUUGCCUAGCAAUGAAGGAAGGCUAUUUGUAGUUAUUAGCCACAAAGCAUUUGUAGUUGUAGAAGUUAAUAUUGUAGGAAUACAGUAUACUACACCAGCGUUUCCCAAAUCCUGUCCUCCAGUACCCCCCCCCAAAACAUAUUUUUGUUGUGGCCCCGGACAUGCAAGCACACCUGGUUUCUACUUGUCAACUAAUCAAGCCCUUGACAAGAUGAAUCAGGUGGGGGGGUACUGGAGGACUGGAGUUGGAAAACUAUACUACAAUUAUAGACCUUUAAUUUAAAAAAAAAUGCAGAUUUUUUUUUUUUUUUACAGCAAUACUGACAAUUAUUUAUGUUGUGGUUCUUUCUUACGCUAAAUCCAUUCUCCCUUGACUUUUGUAGACAUGCAUGAACACACCACCACAUUGAUAUGGUGGCAGUUAUUCCUUAUUGUAUUUUUCUGUAAUCUGGCAUUGUACUUGUUUUAACACUUUGCCCAGAUUGCUAUACACUUAUCCCAGGACUGGUCCUCCUUUCUAUUUGUUUGGUCCUUCAUUAUUCUCUUUUUAUCAGAAAUCUGCACUCUUCAUGUGGCCUAAUGUGCAUGUAAAGCACCACUUGGACACCGAUUACCUUAGAUCAAUCAGCUCUCUGCCACGCUCUGGGGGCAUUAGCAAUCCCAAAUGGCACCCUAUUCCUUAUGUAGUGCACUACUUUUGACCAGGGCCCUAUGGCUUUGGUCAAAAGUAGUGCACUGUGUAGGGAAUGGGUUACCAUUUGGGACGUAGGCUCAGUCUGGAGGAAACGAUAACCACCGUUGCUCACUCGUCAUUACCUUAACGAGCCUUCAGUUCUAAUGCCAUUAUCCUGUGACAUGAAUCCAGAAUUAUCAAUUCUCAUGCACUUGUCAAUCGCUGUUAAAUUUCCACUGUCUCUUCAGUACAGAGAAGAAGCAUUAGCCUGAGUGCCAGUCUGUUUAUGCUAACGUGCCAACUUGUCACUCAUUGUCAUGACGAGCAUGUUUGCCUUGACAAUGAGCGAUGGCAUUGGAAAGGGCACAAAGGCUGCGUCUACACAAGCAGCCCAAUUCUGAUAUUUUUUCCACUAAUUGGUCUUUACACCAAUUACAUCAGAUCUUUUUCAGAGCUGAUCUGAUUAGUCAAAAGGCCAAUUUAAUCAACAAAAUAUCAGAUUUGGGCUUCCUGUGUAAACAGCCUAAAUCUGGGAUGAGGCUAAAACAUUGUAAAUAGGUGGUGGAUUUCAGCUCUGUCAGGAGCUGUGCGCACUCUGGUGUCACGACAAUCGCUAAAGCAAGAGAUUGAGAUGUCAUGCAUGGAACAGAUACGGUGUUGUGUAGCUUUCAUAUAGCAUGUGGUGGAUGAACACUGCUUUUGCAAUCAACUGUAGAGAUUCUAUAAAGCACAAUUGUAUAUGGGUCCCUUUGUGUCUCUUGGUAAUGCUUCAUUUGCUACUAAAUAAAUGUUAAUCUGUU